AUGUCGCCGUCACCACCAUCUCCGUCUUCUUCCGCCACCACCUCCUCCGAAUCCAAACUACCCUUCUCUUCUCGAAACCCCAAAUCCUCAUUCCCUCACCUCCCUCUCUUCUCCAACACUCACUCUCUUCAAAGCAUGACUCUCUCCAAGUGCUUCUCUCAUUCUGGACCCGCCAACCCCAUCCCCAUUUCGGUCACACCCGAACCCGAAUCUGCUAACUCUCUUGUCGUGGUUUCCUUCUACAAGUUCGCAGAUUUCCCUGACCAUGCCCUUAUGCGAAACCCCUUGAAGCAACUCUGUGAAAAACUGCGUGUUUCAGGUGGUAUUAUUCUUGCUCCUGAAGGGAUCAAUGGCAGCAUAUAUGGCACGCGGGAGGCGGUGGAGGAAGUUCUUGCAUUUGUGCAAAGUGAUGAUCGUUUGAAGGGGCUAAGACGUCUUGAAUUGCCGGUCAGUCCUGAGGAGGAAGCCAUCCAUAGUGGUCAACAUGGACAUAGUGCCAGUUCUCCUCUUGCUGCAGGGGAAGAUGCACCCUUCCGAUGGGAUCAUGUGAGGGUCAAGUUGAAGAAAGAGAUUGUCACACUUGGGAUGCCUGCCGUAUCCCCUAUUGAAAAGGUUGGAAACUAUGUCAGCCCAAAAGAUUGGAAUGAUUUGAUUAGCGAUCGAGAUGAAGAGGAUUCAACUCCUACGAGCAGGAGAAGUCACUUACCAGCAUGGAACAUUGAUCAAAAUAGGUGUUGUCAGUGGCUUUAA